AUGGCACCUAGAUUGCCUCCCCCUUCUCAACCGAAUGAACCUGAUGCUUCCAACAACUCUAGAUUGUUGGAGAACGUCAUUGAGAGACUCCAACAACAAAAUACCACCCUCAUGGAACAAAACGCCACCCUGAUGCAGCAAAACCAAGCUGCUGUGCAAGGAUUGGAGGCCUCGCGUGUUAAUUCUGAAAACACGCAAAGGCAAUUGAUGGAGAUCUUGGCUGCCACUAGAGGUACGCCUGGAGCUUCUUCUUCAAACGCCAAUCAACAUGCGACCCAACCAAAUGCUGAAUGGAGUUUGGAGAGUUUUAUCCAGCACCGUCCGUCCAAGUUCAGUGGCAAGUGUCUUCCGGAUGAAGCGGACCAGUGGCUGAGAGAUAUGGAGAGAAUUUUCAACGCCAAGAGAUGUCCGGAUGAAAACCGCUUGGCGUAUACGGAGUACUUGCUGACUGGAGAAGCCAGCCACUGGUGGGCGAGCGCCAGAGCCAUUCUGACGGACGCUCACCAGCAGAUUACUUGGGAAAUGUUCAGAGACAAAUUCUAUGAAGAAUACUUCCCCGACAGCGUCCGUUUUGCCAAGGAGGUUGAAUUUCUGCAACUCGUCCAAGGUGGAAUGUCCGUUUCUGAGUAUACGAACAAGUUCAAACACUUGGUUCGUUUCAAUACGAUGGCCACCAGUGGAGAGUGGCAGUGCAGGAAGUUUGAGAACGGACUGCGGAGCGACUUGAAGGUUUUAAUCUCCAGCCUUUGUAUACGGACGUUCCCUGCCUUGGUCGAGAGAGCCAAAGUGUUGGAGAAGAAUAUGGCGGAAGCUGAAAGACAGAAGAAACAGCAACAAGGGAGUAAGGGACCUAUAGUGUCCCGGGGAGGUACCGUUCCGAGAAGGACACCUUACCCUCGUCCUAGUCAGCCAUCUAGCACGAGCAGUUCUCAAGCUUUAGUUCCUGCUGGACAAGCUGGGCAGUACGGGAACGUUACUUGUUUCCAGUGUGGAGGACCACACUACCGUUCGUCGUGUCCUCAGUUGGUGGGAGGAAAAUACUGUAACCGGUGUGGACGAAAUGGACAUUUGGAGAACGAGUGCAACAUGAGUGGUCGAGCGGUGAUGAGACCACCGAACGCUGGAAGGAAUCAGCAAGGGAGAGGUGGACGAGCCCAAGCUGUUGGGCGUGUGUAUGCGAUAACUGGAGCGGAGGCGGCUAGCUCAGGUAUAUUCAUCAACCGCACUUUCUUGUGGUAUGAACUGCCUUGCUGUACACUGUUUUGA